GCUUCACUGAAGAGGGCAGAGUGGGUCCAUCAGGGGGCUGAUCAUGGCCCAACUGCCGGUGAAAAAACGGCGUCCUCGUCGGGCUGAGCCUGCUGGGCCCGCUCACUCAGAGUGCCUGGUCCGUUUCCCCGAAGUGGUGCUCGGUCUGGUUGAGAAGAGGAUGGGCGCCAGCCGCAAAACGUUCCUCACCUCCUUGGCUUGCAGCCGAGGCUUUCGUGUGGAUGAUCCCUGCAGUGCCAAAGUGACCCACGUUGUGUCUGAAGGCAAUUCCGGAGAUGAGGUGGUUGAGUGGCUGAAGAAGAAUGGGAGGCCACCUGCCAAAGCUGUAGGAGAUGGCCCAGCUCUGCUAGACCUCAGCUGGUUCACUGAAAGCAUGGCUGCUGGACGGCCCGUCGAGAUUGAACCCAGGCACCGUCUGAGGGUGACUGCCCCUGCAGAGCCGCUAGAAGAGAAAGGCCAGGUGGCUCCCUACAUCUGCCAGAGACGGACUCCUCUGCUGCACCACAACACCGCACUCACGGACGCGCUAGAAACCAUGGCAGAAGAGGCCAGGUUCUGUGGCAGCGACGUCCGCAGCCUGGCCUUUUCCAGAGCCGCUUCAGUGCUGAAGUCCCUACCCUGGAGGGUCAAGAGAAUUCAGCAACUCCACACCGUGCCCUGCGUUGGAGAGCAUUCGCAGAGAAUUAUCCAGGAAAUGCUGGAAGAUGGCAUGUCUGCAGAGGUGGAGCAAGUCAGACAGUCUGAGAGAUACAGGACAAUGAAGCUUUUCACGAAGAUCUUCGGAGUUGGGGUAAAGAUAGCCAGCCAGUGGUACCAGAGAGGGCUCAGAACCCUGGCUGACUUGCAACUGCAUCAGAUAAAACUGAACUUAGAACAGCAAGCUGGGCUCCUUCAUUACGAGGACCUCAAUACCCCCGUGGAGCUCUGGGAAGCUGAGGCUAUCAGCCAGGUGGUGCGCAAGGCAGUUGAGCAGAUCUCACCAGGAGCAACGGUCACUCUGACUGGAGGAUUUCGGAGAGGGAAGCCAUGUGGCCAUGAUGUGGACCUGCUCAUCACACACCCUUCUGAAGGUCAAGAAAUGGGACUCUUGUGCAGAGUCAUCAGUAUCCUGGAUAGCCAGGGCUUCUUGCUGUAUCACAGCACCCACCGAAACAGUUUGCCCUCCCUCGAAGACGAAGAGCUGUGGGUUAGUGACCAUUCAAGCACCAUGGACCAUUUCGAACGCUGCCUCUCCAUCUUCCAUCUGGGAGACCUUGCUGGGAGCAAUCAAGGCGGUGCUGGGGCUCAGAAGCUGGGCGCCUCAACGGGGUCUGGAGCAUCCAGUCUCUGGAAAGCUGUGCGGGUGGACUUGGUUGAGACCCCCUACAGCCAGUUUCCAUUUGCUUUGCUUGGCUGGACCGGCUCAAGGAACUUUGAACGAGACCUCCGGCGUUUCUCUAAGCAUGAGAAGAAGAUGACCCUCAACAGCCAUGGGCUCUAUCACCUGGAGCAGAAAAUUUUCCUGCCCGCUGCCUCUGAGGAAGAGAUUUUCCAGCAUUUAGGAUUGGAGUACAUACUGCCUGAAGAGAGAAAUGCUUGAGCCCUUGUUGCACGAAGCACUUUUUUCAUCCUACGGAAUUCACAACGGGCUCAAAUGAAUGAGAACACCCAGGUUACAUUUCAUAUAACCUUCAUUCAUGUGGGUGUGUGCCUGUGUAUGAUAUAAUAUAUAAUUUGCUUCUGAACUAUGUGAAUGGAACGUUAGGAAAUACAUCACUUUUUUCAUACUCUGUUGGUUUCUGUUUCGAUUUUUCCCUUAACAUGGUGUAGACAU